UUGGUCCGCCUCACUCCUCCCGACUAAACUCGGCUGUUCUCGUAGUGGAGGAAAAGGAAAAGAGAGGGGGCAGACUGGUCGUACUGGGAAGGAAAAAGUAAAACGAAAUUAAAUAUCAACACCAACCGUCAGCGGAAAGUGAAAGCGUCACCAAUCGGCAGCUUUGUAGUCGGCGGUGAGGUCCAUGUACAGCUGUUUGUGUUAAAGGUGUAAUUAGUGUAGUUGUGGUAUUGCAGAGGGAAAGGUCUCCUCCCAGUCUGUUGACGGAUACAGUUCGGCUUCAGGGAAAGGAGACACGGAUAGACCUGACUGUACAUUACCAGUGUUGUAUUGCCCAGGAUGUCUUCGAAGGCUCACAGUUCCAAUAACAUCGCCCAUGCCCGGCGAACGGUGCAGCAGCUGAGAAUAGAGGCGAGCAUUGAGAGGAUAAAGGUAUCCAAGGCCUCUGCAGACCUCAUGAACUACUGCAGUGAACAUGCCAGAAACGACCCUCUCCUUAUGGGCAUUCCCACCUCAGACAAUCCCUUCAAGGACAAAAAACCCUGCACUAUAUUGUAGUAGACGCCACUUAGCGUUCAUGUGUUUAUUUUUGUUGCUUAUUAAUGUUGCUGCAUUCUUUGUGUUGGGAGGAGUAAGGGGUGGACUGUGAUCAUUGUAUCAUUACCACGUGUUCCACUGUUCUGUUAUCAGCAAUUCAAACCAGGAUUUUCCUCCUCGUCAUGAAAAAAGGAGCCCCCACUAGUGCCACUGUUCAGUUUGAGCUCUGACCACUAACUCUUAAGACUUUGGCUGCAUGAGUUGAGAAUGCAUCGGGUACAGAAUGUUAUAUUAUUAAUAUUGUAGCAGCAAUGGCACUCCUCAGUGAUGGAUUUGGGCCUUUCUACUGUAUGUACAACCAUUGGGCAGUGUCUGUUACUGUCGCUCUGGUCUGCCUUAAGUGAAGAGAUUCAGUCCUUUUUAAAAGCACAUUACCUUUAAGAUGGAUAAAAAUUAUAGGUGAUUUUCCACAGCUGUGCUGGCUGCUGGCUCUUCAGUUGUAUGAGCCUUGAUCGGCUAUUAGUUUUCAUGUGGCUUCAGACUUCCAACGAGUAUUUUACACAUUUUGUUUUGAUCACUGAAUUCAGUGGUCGGGGUUUACAUUGCCAAUACUCAAAUGUUACCGUGAUGUAUCCUUGAUUGGGGACAGUAUUGUCAAUAAAUCUGGUGUGAAAUUCAGACACUUAAAAGUAUUUUGGCAACCCAGCUCUGACUGGUCCACGACAAUCCGCAUGCUGUUUAAUCCAUCGUUGUCCUGUCUGGUAUUUACAGUAUGAUUAACUAUGAUACAGUGUUGUAUUUAGUUGAUUUAAUGAUCCAUCAUGUGGAAAUAAAUUCCAUUAAAAACAUAUUUUAAUCCAAUAUCAUCUAUGCUCCGAUUGAAGCCAUUGGUAUAAUAUGACCCCGGUGCUGUGAUGCUUUUGUCAGCUGUCUGUGUGAGAUACAGAGUGACUGCAGCGAAAAUGAAAGUGCUUUAUCACAUUAAUGCAGAAUUCUAAUUAUUCUUGACUUUAGGUGUCAGCUGACUAUGUGUGCAGGGCAACACUGUGUAAUAAAGACCCUGGGACCAAGCCAAACCAAUGGUACUACGUUUAAAAAACAUCUAGAUGUGCAUCUGAAUGAAGCUAUUUGUAGCCAUUGCUUCUGAAAAGUUUCUGUGGUACGAUAUUUUUAGGACAUGGACGACAUGAAGCAUGUCAGCAAGUCUUGCACUAUACUGUGAGCCGUGCUUACGAGCUCAUCACAAGUGUCUUAGUUGAGGAAAUGUGCAUAUCGUUGUCGUACAGUGUUUUUGGUACAGGUGCAAAUGGUGGUAGUGUGCAUUGGUGAGAAAACCACUCUCCCAAGACUGCUCUCAACUUUUUCCAAGUCUUUUUUUAAUUUAAACUAAACAUUUGUGUCUGUGGGGGGGGUCUUCACUCGUCGGUCUAACAUGUCCUUCAUGUUGUGAGUCACUAGGGGAAUAUAUCUGCUACGGUAAAUGUAACAAAAAAAACAGAAUAAAUAGCAUAAAUUAGGACUUUCUUACACUCUAAAGCCUUACUUAUGUUUGCCUUGUAUCAUGAAGCAUACUCUAACUGGGAGUGCUUUCUUUAAAAAAAAAUAUAUUAAAAAAAAAAAGAGUUUCUAUCGAAUGUUUUUAUCUGUGGGAUGAAAGUGAUUUGUAACAAUAUUGUGCCAUCUGUUUCUGUCAACAAAAAAGUACAUUGUGUUUCACGUUAUGGUAUUAUUUCCCUCUCCAAAGGGUACUUUAAGGUCUUCAAAUCAACAAGAUAAUUUGUUAUAAUCCAGUUGUAUUUUAAAUGAUUGUGUACAACAGUCAGUUUUCUUACUUGCAAUAAAUCAUUCUGUACGCUUCUUAAGGACAAAUCUCAGAUUACCAUAUCACGAUUUCUGUCCAUUCAGCAACUCUGUACUAGCCUUAUUGUUCCAUUGAUAGCUUCAUUCAACUGUCAGAAUCUGCGUUUUGAUGAAUGUCUUUAUUAAUAUACCAACAUUUGUAUGAAGACUUAACUAAGAUUAAUAAAGUGAAGCAUUCCUAAAGUACAAUACUGUACUAAUAUCUCAAUAAAGAUGUGUUGUGCUGCACAGUCACAAGAUUUAAACUCA